CAGGGGGGACGCUGUCCGCAAGCUCAUCCACGCGUACAUGGGCGCCAUCAGGCGCAGACAAGACAGUCGAAUCGAGGUCAUCUACUGGCUGGGCACCCUGAGGAGCAUCUCAAAGAUGGCCGCCCUCGUCCACACCUUGGACAGACGGAGGACGGCUCUAGGCAUCGCCGUCAUGAGCGUCACCUCCACCACCCUGGAGGACGUGUACCUCAAGAUGGUUGGGAUCCCCGACUUCAAGGGUGCCGGGCAGGAGUUCAAGACUUCACCGACCCUUGCAGAAUAUGAGGCGAGCAUGGAACAGCAAGGUCGGUCAAAGGACACGCUAAAGAAAUUGCGUUGGAUUUUAAUGCAGCUGGCCUCAGAAGACCACUGCCGCGCGUCCACAGUUUUCAGGAGGGAAGAGCUCAUUUAACGUCUUACAAUCCUAUUAGGAUCGAUAUUUUUAUUUCUUUCACUUCACUUUAAUGCUUUCCCAAAUUUUAUACAGCACAUAGUAGUGCUGACAUGCAGAUCUACACGAUACGUGAAAUACAAUGUUCGGUUUUGAGGCGAGAUAUCAUGGACAUAUAUCCCUCUGAAAACUUCGCAUUAUGACUGCCAGUUUUGAAGUCGACUUGAUCGCGAUGAAAAAUGUCUGCGCACAUUACGAUCGAGCUUCAUCAAACUAACUUCUAUACUCAAAGUGCCGUUUAAUUUUAGCCUUCCGACUGCUCGAAUCGGUUUUAUUAAAAUAUACGCUAAAAUUUCUCAUUAAAACGCGAUUGAUUUGUUUAUGUACACAAAUUUUGUCAUGCACUUUGCUGGAAUGUUUCCUCGGCUCUGAGCCUCGGUAAACCUUGAUUUGUAUUCAUCCG